CGGAAAAUUCUACGCUCGGAAGCUGGAUCUCGUCCACGACUCAAAUGCACAUGAUGAACGACUGCAAAGGCGACUCGUUGACGGAGCAGAGGAUACAGAGCAAAAUAACCACGGUGGUCCUGGCGAUAUUUUUCGUCUCCUUGUUGGGCGUUGGAAUGGGUCAGACGGCGGUCUACACCCUCGGUAUCCCUUACAUCGAUGACAAUGUGGCCAGCAGAGAAAGCCCGCUCUAUUUCGCGAUCACGAUCGGAGUGAGGAUCCUCGGUCCAGCCCUGGGCUUCAUUCUGGGCUCGUUGUGCACCAUGAUUUACGCGGAUUUGUCGGCGAAUCCGCAAAUCACGCCGACGGAUCCGAGAUGGGUCGGGGCAUGGUGGCUUGGUUUGGUGCUGAUAGCCGCCAUGCUGAUGUUGGUAAGCAUAGGAAUGUUCGCGUUCCCGACGCGGUUGCCCGCGAGCAGGACACCGCCGAAACGGGCCGACGCGAAAAAGCCUAGUCUCCGAGACUUCCCUAAAGCGGUGAAGAGGCUGUUGAAGAACGACAUUCUUAUGUUCCGGACGGCCAGCAGCGUGCUGCACAUCCUACCGAUCGCCGGCCUCUACACCUUCCUGCCAAAGUACCUCGAGAGCCAAUUUCGCUUGCCAGCUCAUCAUGCGAACAUGAUCUCAGGUGUCGGUGGUAUUUUAGUAAUGGGUUUGGGUAUUAUAAUUAGCGGAGUGUUUAUCCUGAGGGCAAAGCCUAACGCCAGGUUCGUCGCAGCCUGGAUCGCCUUCACAGCUGUAAUAUACGCGAUCGGGAUGGGUGUGCUGAUGUUCAUCGGUUGCCCUAUGGACGAUUUCGCCGGUCUAGUUUCUCAUUCUGACGGAUUGUCCAGCUUCGAGCCGACCUGCGAGGCUACCUGCGACUGCGUUCGGAACAAGUUCAGUCCGAUUUGCGGUGCCGAUGGUAAAACUUAUUUUUCCGCGUGUCACGCGGGCUGCUCCAAUUACACGAUCGUCGAUGGCAAAGUUGCAUCGUUUUACAACUGCCAGUGUAUCGGGUCGAAUCUGACAACACCGGAAACGGCGAGCACCGCGACGAUCGGUUACUGCGAGCUCGAGUGCAGUAACUUUUGGGUUUAUAUGGUCCUGUUCUCGGUGUUCGUUUUCAUACACUCGACCAGCGAGGUGGGCUCCAUGCUGUUGAUCCUCAGGUGCGUGGAUCCACGGGACAAGGCGAUGGCUUUGGGCCUCAUACAAUUCGCCAUCGGCCUCUUCGGUAACGUCCCGUGUCCAAUCGUUUAUGGUGCUGUGGUGGACUCCGCUUGUCUCGUAUGGGAAUACGCUUGCGGCGAGCGAGGUGCCUGCUGGCUUUACGACUCGAAUGUCUUUAGAAUGUUCUAUCAUGGUACCACGGGUGGAAUCUUGAUUCUCGCUUUCGUGGUGGACAUAGUGGUGUGGUACAAGGCCGGGAGCAUCAGCUUCGUGGAGGAGCAGGAAGCGGAAGAGGGCACGGUUGAGGAGAUGGCCACCCUGAAGUCGCAGGAUGCGCAGGCGGUGGACAACGACUAUUUGUGAAAGGGUCCCGGCCGACUUCGAUGGUAUCUCAUGAAGCGCAGGCCUGAAUAUAGCGUCGUAAAAAGCGGGACAAAGCGUAACGAGGCGUUCCUAACUGACGAGAACUCGGUGCCAGUAGCUUGAGACCGGUCGGUCGACGGUCGAUCUUCGCGUGUCCACGUUUUUGGGGGAGGAGAAGGUUCCUUUCUUUUUUUUUUUUUUUUAUGGAAAUCCACCAACCAAAAAGGGGAAAACCACCCCGGUUGUCCCUUUAGCGACGAAGCGAGGAGGAGCGAGAAGGGAAUAAGCGAGAAUCGAAGACGAGUCCAGGACGAUCGGGACGAUGACGGAUUGUUGGAGGAGGCGGCGCCAAGUCCUUCGUGGAAACGUUUCGUAAUUUCCACGGAAAGGUUGUGCCGCGAUUUCGAAUCGUAUUGUACGGGGAAGGAAAAGAAGAAGAGAUAUAACGUUAAGGCGAACGGAUCGAUAAUCAACGAUUUUGAUUUUUCUUUGAGCGGUACACGGUAUAUAUAUAUAUAUAUAUAUUGGAGAUGCGAAUGACGGAGAAGAUGUCUUCCGGAGAUUGGCAUCGAGGAACAACGAUUUGAAAUGUAAGAGAAACGAAGUACACGGCGAGGAAGGAGGAAGGAGGAAGUAUGGAGACGCGAGAUGGUACGACAUGAUUUUUGUAGGGGAAAAGAAGGGGGAGGAAAAAUUGGAAAACGAUGAUCGACACGGAAAUGCGAAACGCACCAGCGUGUAUUCUCUCGGCACGCGAGAUUCUCGGAUCUUGGGCGAGCUUCUCUUAGGCACUACCGUCCGUGUUUCAUUCUGCAUAUACACCUAGGCGUAGGCAACCUGUACAAGCGAUUUACAGAUGUGUGCAUGCGUGUCGGUAAUAAUUCGUUUUGUUGUUCGCAAAAAGAAGAAGAAAAAAAAAAAAUGAACAAUGAAUGGAAGAUCAUAAGGGUAUAAUUAUUAGAGAGGAAAGGAGGAGAGAAUCUGAGAGCGAAUGGGGAAAAUAAGAAGAGAAAUACAUAGGACAUAUUUUUAGACGAUUUGACGAUGAAAAAGUCGAGAGAUAAAAAGAGGGAUGGAGGAGGAGGAAAGGAGAGAAAAGUAACGUUAAAUAUUGAUACGACGAUACACGUACAGGGAGAAAAUAUGGAAGCCAGGGGAAAAAAGCGGGGAUGAAUAAAACAAAAAGAGAAAAGGAAAGGGAAGUGGAAGGAAAAAAUAAGAAAGAGAAAUUACAAAAUUAGGAAGAAAAAGAAGAAAUGAAAAGAUUGAACAGCUGUAUUUUAAUACGAUACACUUUACACUCUCGUGGGACACUUGUCGAUGUAUGCGCGUCUGCCGCCUGUGCUUUUAGUGCUUUGAGCGUUCAUCGUUUUUUGAAUCCUGUUGAAUGGCUGAUUACGUCAAACCGUUAAACCAUCUUUGCCCGAUAUAUCUCUUUUUAUUAAAUUUUAAACGAUUACAUUUUAAUGAUCUGGAAACCGAAUUAAUUUUUAAUCGAGGUAGGAUAUAUAUAUAUUUUCUAAAUCGACAAGUAAGUAAAUAAAAUAAAUUGCUUACGCGAAUUUUAUAAUCAAAGAGAGUUAGAUGGACGAUCGCUACCUUGUGUAAUGCGAAACACAAGAGAAAGGAAAGAAAGUUAUUAUUCCGGAGAAGGAAGAAAGAAGGAAGAAAGUGAAAAAAUUAAAAGUGUUUAGGAUUAUGCGUUAACCGCUAUGAAAUUCGCGAAUUAUUCGAUUCAGGGGCAUUGCUAAUAUAUUACACGUCGUUUUGAGUUUGCCUCGAAGAACAUUUGGCUAAAAGAUAAUUAAAUUAAGAUUAAUUAAACGAAAAAUUCUAAAUUUCCUUAUCCGACUUGAUUAAAAAUUAUAUCUUUGAAGAAUUUUAAUUUUGGAUUUCGAAAGACUCUUGAAAUCGUAUUUUUUAUUAUGCUCCAAUAGAAAAAACGACAUUAUACAAGAGCCAAUUGUUUCUUCGAAAUUCCAAAAGAAAAAAAAAAAAAAAAGAUAAAUAUAUAUAUACAUAUACAUACAUAUAUAACAUAUAUAAUAACAUCAGCUCUAAACGAGCUUUCAGAUUAAUAAACGAUCUACUGCCAGUCCAGAAGCCAUCAUGAUCAUUUUGACACGACAAGAGGAGUAUCGCGUAUAGCUGUUUUGUUUCUCCAAUAUUCUAUCAUUUAUUUAGAGAAAUAUCAAGAGGAAAAGAGGAAAAAAAAAAAAACAAAAACAGAAUUUAGAAUUUCUUCUGGAUUAUGGUAGGACGUAAUAUUUAUCCCUUUCAUUGUUAAGGGUAGUUUCUCAUGUUUGGCGCAGGAUAAACCACCCACGCAUCGAAGGGGUUGAACGAGUUACACAUACACACAUAUAUAUAUAUAUAUAUACACAUUGUAUGUAUCGUGUGUGUACGUAUGAGUGCGUGUACAGUCGUACAAGUAAAUCAUUGACGAUGCAAUUGAGAAAGGAUUGCACAGGGGCGGAUACGGCCUUCCGUGCGCCCGUUGAUCUCCAUCGAGAAUUGUAUUUUUGUAUUUCGAAGCGACACAUAAUCUAUAUUUUAAUCGAUCACAAAUCGUAUAUAUAUACAUAUAUAUAUAUAUAUAUAAAACCGCACGUAAUUAACAUAGAGCCAAUUCCCACCCUUUGACGCGAUUCAUUUCUCGAGUAUCAGUUCUCGACUCGUGUAUCAUCGUUCGGUUCGAUUCAUCGAUUCAACGAUUUUCCAUUCUAUUUUUCGCUCGUCCACCUCUCGAUGGAGGAACGAAAAUGAAAAUGUGAACGAUCCCAGGGUGUAUUUUCGUUUUCUUCUUUCUUCGUGUCAACACCAUCGCCAUAUUUCUGUAAAAUUAAAUCGCGAUACUUCUCGCUACGAUCGACGAUAUAUAUAUAUAUA